AUGUCCAGCCAGAUCAGCAAAAAGCGCAAGUUCGUGGCGGAUGGUGUGUUCCGCGCCGAACUGAACGAAUUCUUCACCCGUGAACUGGCCGAGGAGGGAUACUCUGGCUGCGAUGUCCGGGUCACUCAUGCCCGCACUGAGAUCAUCAUUCGCGCCACACACACGCAGGAAGUGCUUGGUGAGAAGGGCCGCCGCAUCCGCGAGCUCACAGCGCUCGUUCAAAAGCGAUUCAAAUUCCCCGAAAAUUCUGUCGAACUUUACGCCGAGAAGGUCACUUACCGUGGUCUUUCCGCCAUUGCGCAAUGCGAGAGCUUGCGCUACAAGCUUCUCGGUGGGCUCGCUGUACGCCGAGCUGCUUACGGUGUUCUUCGUUUCGUCAUGGAGUCCGGUGCCAAGGGUUGUGAGGUUGUUAUCUCUGGCAAGCUGCGUGCUGCCCGUGCCAAGUCCAUGAAGUUUACCGAUGGCUUCAUGAUUCACUCCGGUCAACCUUCGCGCGACUUCGUCGAUUACGCUGUGAGGCACGUGUUGCUCAAGCAGGGCGUACUCGGUAUCAAGGUCAAGAUCAUGAAGGGAUGGGAUCCUCAGGGCGAGACCGGUCCGUCCAAGCCUCUUCCCGACUCGGUGCAGAUUUUGGAGCCUCCGGUCGACAAGAUCAUCACCGAGCCCUCGUCAGAGCAGCGAGAACCCCUUCUCCCGACACACGCCGUUCCGGUUGGCGAAAACCCCGAAGUCGCCUACCAGCCACAGUCCGACUACCAGGAGCCCGCCUACCAGGAGCCCCCCGCUACCGGAUUCUGA